GACCUGACGCUGUCAAGUCAACGAACUGAUGAACUUGGCGGUUUCAGUCCUAAAUUGACUAGGUGAACCCUAAAAUGCCCCCAAAGAAGCGUGAAAAAGAUAGUGAAACAAACAAAAACUCUAAAAUUGAUCACUUACAGGCUGACCAUGAGUUAUUCCUGCAAGCUUUCGAAAAACCAACACAGAUAUACAGAUUUUUGCGGACGCGAAAUAUGCUAUCGCCUAUAUUUCUCAAUAGGACAUUGUCUUAUAUGAAAAGGAGAAUGUCUAGGAGCAACAAAGGCCGCGUCGGUUUCAAAGUGGACUCGUUAUUAGAAAAGAUCACUUUAAAAAAAAGCACAGAGUUACAGCCAAAUAGCUUGGGUGGUUAUAUGACUCUAACAUUCCUUGGCUUUUAUGACAAAAGCUUGGAUGAUCCAUGCGCCAGAGACUUUCAGGUUAAAGUUGAGACACUUUUGUUAAAGAUUUGUCAUAAAAAGAGAAAAGAAAGCUCUUCAGCCAUUGUGGAGGUUUCGGUGGGAAGUUGUUCAGUACCUCUCAACCCAUCGAGUUCAGAGCCUCCAGCGAUGGCGUCAGCUGUCAGUAUAUCUAGUGAGACAUUCAGUCCGUCCCACGGCCCAAAUGUCAAGUCCUACAUGUUAAUGCUAAGAGUAACUGUCACUAAGGCCUCUUCAACUAGCCCCAAUGGGUCAUGUUCUACAGAAAUCACAAAUGGUGAUGAUGAACCUCUAUCAAAGCGCCUUAAAUCAUCAGCAGACCUAAACUCUUCUACCACAGACAACAAGUGGAGCAAACUCUAUGGUAGUGAACUCAUUGUUUAUGACAAGCAUAACCGUUGCCUGCUUACGAAUGGGGAGUAUGAUUUAGUGUUACAUGACGUCACACCUGGAGGUCGCAGUGCUACUAUAGCCAGGUCCCCUCAUAAGGCUCUGAUGGCUCAGUGGGAAACUAUACCUAAUGAAAAUGAUGUAACAUCAGAGACAAAUCCUUUCAACAUAUUCAAAGUGAGGCCGCUAUUAAAACUGAAGUUAAGUUGGAGCCAAGAACCAACUAAUGGACUAGUGAACAGACCAAAGUUGUAUCAGCCAGGAGAGACUAAUGGAGUUAAAAAGGACCCAUGUUCGGCCAAAGAGAGACUAUCUACACAGAAAGUAUCCACUAGUGAUAAUAAGAGUGAUAAAAUUAAAAGUGAAGCCAGCGAAGGCGAGUCGAAACGCCAACAAAUCAUAUACCAGUUCCUAUACAACAACAACUCGAGACAGCAGACCGAGGGCUGCGACGAUCUACAUUGUCCGUGGUGCUCGCUCGACUGCGGCACUCUAUACUCUCUGCUCAAACAUCUCAAGCUGUGCCAUUCGCGGUUCAACUUUACGUAUUUCCCAAUCCCAGGGGGCGCGCGCAUCGACGUUUCAAUAAACGAACUGUACGACGGCUCUUACACGGGGUCUCCGCACGAUCUAAUAGCUGCGCAGGGCCGCAGCAGUGCGGCAGGGCCUCGUGCGGGGCCUACAAGAAGGGCCUCGCUCACCCAUUUGUUGGUUUGGAGGCCUCGGAUCCGGCGAAGGCCUCAGAGGCACAGUUUGGCGGAGUUUUUGGAGUUAGAUGACAACGAUAUUGUUGAUGCACAGAGGCCUUAUCUUACUGGACAUAACAGGCUCUAUCAUCACACAAUAUCAUGUCUGCCAGUUUAUCCGAACGAAUUGGACAUAGACUCUGAGAGCGAGACGGAUCCUCUAUGGCUCCAACAGAAGACGAUGAUGAUGAUCGACGAGUUCACAGAUGUGAACGAAGGUGAAAAGGAGCUCAUGAAGAUGUGGAACCUGCACGUCAUGAAGUACAACUACGUUGGGGACUGUCAAAUACCGUUGGCCUGUCAAAUGUUUUUACAGAUGAAGGGCAAGGAGUUAUUGGAGAAGAAUUUAUAUAGAAACUUUACCCUCCACAUGUGUUCAUUACACGACUUUGGGCUACUCAGCCCGGUAGCUUUAUAUCAAACGGUGCAAAUGCUCAAUCAAAUGUUAGCAGAUAGCAACGAAGCCAAAGAGAAGAUGAGGGAGUCGUUGAAAGCUCAACGGGAACAUUGGAACGCUGUUGGGAAGUACCAACAGCCGGUGGUUAUAGAACCCAAACCGACUACAACGACUGCGAAGCUUAAUAACGUUGAAGCUUCACCGUCUGUCCGGAGAAAGAUCUCCAAUCUCCAAAACGCCAAUAGGAUGGCUAGUGCUAGUACCAAUUUCAAGUCAGCUAGUCCGGGAUUGGUUCCCGGUGAGAAUAAAAGGAAAAUGUCCUCCGGGAGUAUACAGAGCAGGAAAAGAUCUUCUAUAUCGGAGAGAAAGAGCUCUGUAUAGCAUUUGUUUUGUGUUUACUUGGACUGGUCUCCUGACGCUGAUCAGAGUGCAGCGAAGAAAAGAAGAAUUUUUAGUACUGAAAUUGUGAAUGAAGUCAUUGGUAAGAGCAGCAAGCUGUGAGUAGACUGUUUAAUUCUAUUAAAUGUCUAAAAAUUCUAUUAUAUGAAUUUUGAGUACUAUAAUAAAAAUUAAAGUAACUUUUUGAAUAAUAUUUGAAUACAUAUGUUUUGUAUCAAGAAUGAUAUUUUGAUUGUUAAUUCAGGAAUUGCAUCUUAUUUAAUUAGUAAUAUAGACUGUGCCGCUUAAAAAUACUAUAUAGGGCCUGUCGCCUAGUGCUAUAGAUUCUCUUUCUACAAUCUCAAAUGCUUCGAAAAUACAAAAAUUUAUAUGUCGACGGGUCCCGUGAUCAAGUUGUAGAGUACGAUUAUUAAUUCUAGUCAGUAAAAUGACGAGUGCCACUGCCACUGAAAUGUCAUUUUUUUUGACUGGAAUUAAGAAUCCUAAGUAAGAUUAAUCAUAUGUACGAUUAUUAAAUCCAGUCAGUAAAAUGACAUUUUAGUGACAGUUGCACUUGUCAUUUUACGGACUGGGAUGAAUAAUCGUACUAUAGUUUUCGUAGCGUUAGCGUUUGUAGAAAGAGAAUCGACGUGCAACUUGGCAAAAGGCCCAGGAAAAAGCAAUGCCAUAGAUUCAAACCGAAGGUUGAACUAUGAGAUACUAGGAUUCUUACACCUGGUGUUAUGGACAAAUAUUAACUUAGUUAUAGUGCAACAUAAAAGAGUAGAAGUUAAUAAAAAAUGAACUAAUUCAGUAGAACUAACUAGUUAUUUUCUACUCUUUUGUGUUGCACUAUACCUGUAAACACUUUUAAACAAUAUACAUUGACCUCUUAUAAUAAAAGGGCGCACAAUCAUGUACAAAAUUUCACUUAAAAACUAGCCAAUUUUGCUUCGACAAUUUUAGAAUUAUUGGUAAAGAAAAUUAUACCUAAAGGCCUUUAAAUAUAGUUCAAUAUUCAAUAAAAUCCCAAAUUCAGAAAAUUCAACCUUAAGGAUUGAGUUUAAGAUUGAAUUUGCAAGUGCGACUACUCGAAUUGAGUGCCAAGAAGUUGUGUUUGGCACUCAUUGAGUUGGGACGUUUUUUGGUCGCUGAUUGUGCAUCCACUUUUUAACAGGAGAUCGAUGACAAUGUAUUAUAGUUUAGUACACAAAAUACAUAUAAGUGAAUUAUUAAAAAAACUAAAACACAAGUCGAACCUUUGGCGAGAGUUUGAUGCCAAAAAGAAAUUGUCUUUUGUAAAGACAUCUUGUUGCGUGUUUUUUGGAAUUUGCUAGAAACUUUGUUAGAAACCAUUUAGAAAGAAAGUACCGCGAAGAGGAAAAAAAAGCGGGCAUUUUUUUAGUUUUUUAUUAUGAAAAUUGUCAUGUGAUUGUAUAAUUUCAAUACUGAUUAGAUAAUUUCAAUACUGCCCAGUAGCUUUAAGUUUAAUUUAAGGAUGAUUUAUGCUAAGCAAUAAAUUAAAAAAAUCAUGAGAGUUUUCAUGAAUUUUUAAAACUUUAAAAAAUAACAUUAGCCAUAUAUCUUUUUUUUAAAUAUGGCCAAUAUUAUCCUCUGCCGUCGUCAUAAAGACUGUUAGGAGUGGUGUCAUCAAGUUUUAUCUUAAAUCAUCCGUAAAUAAUUGUCUAUUUUACGUGGGACGUGGGUAGAACAGAAAUAAUCAAUUGUCACAUUAUUCGGUAGUUUGUAGAAAUCUACUAGUCUGAUAUGAAAAAAGUUCUUAAUGCCAAUGAAUGUUGGAUUCCUUUUUAAAGUUGUGGUAUAACAAGGAGAUUAUAAUACAUAUUCUUCACACCGAAAUAGCAAUAGUAUGCAUCCCUGGACAAGUUCUAUCUUAAAGGGUCAUUCCGUAUUAAAUUGUGUCCCAUACAUACUCAGACUAAUCAGAUAAAGACCUGCUAGAUGUUACUAUUAUGUCAAAGCAUAUGAUCAACGAUCUAAUGCGAUUAUAAAAAGCUGUCUAUAGAAUCGAUUAUUCAUAGUUGUAAUCGUGUUCUUCGGUUAAAGAAAGACGUAAGAAUACUAUUUUGUGUAGUUGAUUGGUGUAAAAAAUGGGCAAAAACUUCUAGUUUAGUAUAAGAUAAUAGUUUUGACGGCCUCCGUGGCGCAGUGGUGUGCGCGGUGGAUUUACCAGACUGAAGAACUGGGUUCGAUCCCCAGCUGGGCCGAUUGAGGUUUUUUUAAUUGGUCCAGGUCAGGCUGGUGGGAGGCUUUGGCCAUGGCUAAUUACCCCUAACGACAAAGGCGUACCGCCAAGUGAUUUAGCGUUCCGGAACGAUGUCGUGUAGAAACCGAAAGGGGUGUGGAUUAUCAUCCUCCUCCUAACAAGUUAGCCCGCUUCCAUCUUGCAUCAUCACUUACCACCUGAAGGUAAGUGAUGAUGCAAGAUGGAAGCGGGCUGAAUGAUUCGGGCGGAAUGGAUUGUAACCAAGGGCUAACUUGUAAAGAAUUAUAAAAAAGAUCCGAGUAAACACCAAAUCCAAGCUUGUUUUCUUCAGAAAAUUACAGACAAUUUUGUUUGUGAAAUCGGGCGUGAUACUAGUCCUUAUGUUAUUAGUCUGAGUAUAUAGAAUAUUUCUGUACUGCCACUGUCCCAUACAAAAUAGUCAUACACAAGUCCAUAAAAUGGACGGCAAAUAGUUAAGUUUGAUUAUAAUGUAAUGUAUUAUUCAAUUUGCUGAUCUUGGAUCUCUUUUCUUAUAAGUUGCGAUUCAUACAAUUUGUUAUAAAAAAUAUAUAUACAUAUAUGUAUUUUUUUUAUGUCUUUAUUAAUAGUAAUGUGUCAUCUUAUAUAUUAUUUUACAUGAAUUUUAAUUUUUUUAUCACUUGGUAAAGAAGAUUUGCAUUUGUUAGCGAAAAUUGAUUGGUUUUAAAUAUAUUUCACGUCAUGUACAAUCAUGAAUUGAAAUAUAAUAUAAAAAACAUUUUAAUUAUUUUAAGGAGACCGACCAUUUUGGGCCUAACACAUUACAGAAUAAAAAUCACCAAAAAUAAUUAGGAUUCACAGUUGUUGAAAUUUUUGAAAUGUGUGUUUUUUUUUUUUUGAUGAAAUUGUGCAUUUUAUAAUGUAUGUACUUGCCCAUAUCUUGAUUAUACAACUGUCAAUUAAUCUAAAAUAAAACUGAUAUUAUUAUUUGAUUAAUGAGACUUAUUUGGACAUAGUAACGGUUCAUUCAUCAAAUUUGGGCCCAGCAAUGUAUGGAAAAUGGUUGUUCCUCUUUGGAUUAAAAAUUUCAACGUAUAUAAAAUGUUUCUUUUAAUCUACAUGUCAUUGCUUUUAAUCUACAUGUCAUUGCUACAAUUUUUUAUUUAAUAAACAAAAAGAGGUUUGUGCUCCCUGACGUACCUACCAAGGGCGAAGAGACCAUACAGGCCGAUUCCUUUAAAAAUCCAUACAUACAUAUUCAUUACUAGCGGACGCCCGCAGACCUCCUCAAUCCAAUCCUCUUGAAAAUCCGUUCUUAGUGGAAGUCUACUAACUGUAAACUACCUCCCUGCCAAAUUUCAUCUAUGGACGGCAAGUGGAUUUCGUGAUGAAUGACCCAUCGCAAUUAUACAUUAAGAUUGAUAUGAAUAUAGAUAUAUGGAUGUAUGAGAAACCGAAGUUUGUAUCAAGCGGUAUGAAUUUCGUUUUAUUUCGGACGUCUUAUAUUCUUCACUGGUAGUAUUGCAAUAAACGUUCGCGACCCCAGUGGCGUACCGCAGUGGUGCUAGACCAAAUGUUGAUGACAUCAGCUUUACGAGGUCCCUUUCAGUUACUAGUCAAAAAUACAAAAGUAAACAUUUGUUUAUAUAACCUGAAUUAAACAAUUUAAACGUAUAAAAAAAUUCAUAUCACAGUGUCAGUGGUCGCAAACUCCAAAACGGCUCGACCGAUUUUGAUGAUAUUUUUGUGAAUAGGUCGUAGAGAAUUUGCAACCUACAACAAAAUGUUUUCUUUUUAUAUUUAAAUGUUUUUUUAAUCGUUGCCAAUCGUCAAUGUCUAUUGAGUUUUUUUUAUUAUAUCUAUGAUAAUAAUAAGUGUUUAUUUAUACAGUUCAAAAGAACUUCAUACAUCAUCCACAUGUACAAUAGAAUUAAGAAUAUCAAAUAAUAUUAAACUAAUCGACUGAAUUAAGACUACAAUAUGAAUAGAGCUCUCAGCAAGUUAGUUAGAACAAAAGAAAAAAUAUCUAGAAUUCUAAAGGUCAAAGCACACAUCAUCUCGAAAAGGGAUCGUCACCACCAUGCAGUUUUAAAUACACUGGAAUUCGCGUCUGUCAUUUUUAGUUUUGAAAACUUCGUACCCUGGGGCGUGUCCUAAACGAACCUAUUUUCUUCUUCAACGGCAACUUCGUUCGUAACACUCCCGAUGGUCCACGCGGGCCGGGGGCAUGUAGCGAUGAAUGAAAAACCCACGACUGAUGCACUUCACUUCCCCGCAUACAUGAUUUCACACCCGCGCAGUCUUUUCUCCCCGUCGCCCGCAUAUCAUAGGAGUGUAAAAAUAUAGUACACUAAAAACUCCUUACAUGAUUGGAAAUUAUGAUGUUGACUGAAAAUCAGAGAUAUGCUAUUCUUCAGUGUUUGAAAAAAUAACAUAAUUUCCUUAAUUUACAAUGGAAAGUUGUUUUUUCUUUACAACUAUUUAUUAUUUUUUAUUGAUAUGGAUAUAUGGCAAAAUUCUUUCAAAAAAGUCCCAUUUGUCACUGGUGAUCUGUUGUUUUAUCGAGAAAAUCGAAUUUAUAGUAAUAGAAAACAUAGCAUAGCAUAGAAACUGGGCUAUAGUACCUACUAACUAAAAAUUACUCUAUGCAAACUGUAUUAAAGUAUAUUUUCUUAAAAUACAAACACGUAAGCGUACGUCGUAGGAUACGCAGGCGACGCCCCCUUGCUCCUUCUAUUGCUAAAUCGUUAGUUAGGUUUAGCGUUCUGUGGUCACCAUCAACAUUCAAGCUGCUCAGUAUUCUUUGUAUGAAACUUUACUGCAACACACACAAAUCAAAAUUUUUACGUAAUCGCCUCGCUUUGGGACAUGCUUACGUCUCGUAUAGCUUCGUUUUAAAAACUGCUGUCGGUUAUCGGCAUCGCUCAUACCCGAGUCGACGCCUGGUCGAUAGCGAGUCUUAUUACAAUCCCUUUCCGAGUUAAUAUGUGCUAUGACCCUAAUGCGUCAAUGCGAAAUAGAUAGAUUUUGUAGUUUGAAAAGAUUUUUGGCGCGCCUUGGGUGUUGUUUUAGGUACGAGUCAUAAACAAAAUAUAUACCCACUAAUAGUUUAAAUUUUAUGGGCAAUAAUUUUUCUACAAUAGUAUUAAGUAUUAAAUCAAAAUUAGAAUUAAAUUGCUCGAAUUAUUAAUAAUUUAUUAAAAUUAGCAGAUAUUGAAAUUCAUAAGGGUUGUAGCUCUGUGUUCAUAUUUAAUUUUUCAAACAAAAACAAAACCAUGAAAAUAUUAUAUAAAUUAGUUAUUCGCUGUAUCUUUUCCAAUUUUAAUAUAAUUUUUAAAAUGAAUAAAUUCCCGAGUUCGAGUCCUGGCUCAAGCUAGGAAGUUCUGAACUUUCUUCUAAGAAAGUUUCAACAAAAAUUCUCAGCUAGGUUAAGAAGUGGGAUGUGUUAAUACCUUCUAUGGUUUAACUCCAAAAGAAACAAUUGAUGUAUUUCUUUAAUCGCUACAAUCCUAAAAACAAAAUGUACUAUGGCUAGUGACGUGAUACGUUGUUUAAAAAUCCGAUUUAAAUUAAAAAUAGGUAUGAAUGAAAUUACAAAAUACAAAGACUGUAACGUUCAAUUGCCUGAUAUGUUUUCUCAGUCAGCGAUUGUGAAACUGUAAGCUCGGUUUUACCAUCUGAUAAGUAAUAAGCCAGCCGCAUACACUAGUUUUCCGUAUUCGGAAAACCGAAUGCAUGAAAUCGAUAUAAAAUUCAUUAAAUUACACACAUGUACAUUUUUUUCCGAACGGGACAAGUUUCGCUCGUACGUAAUGUAGUCCCUGCGACAAUAUACAUUCCGAAUAAAGAAAAACGUUAAGUCUAGUUUUAGUCUUAGUCUUACGGAAUUCCUAAUCGAAAUUACGGACUAGGAAAACCAGUGUAUGCAACGGGCCUUAAGUAAAUAGUCUUUUUUUGUUACUUUCUUUCUUUAUGUCAAAUGACAAAGACAAAACUUAUGAUAAAGCUAUCAGAUGGUAUAGUCGGAUGCAAACUUUAGGACAUCUCGGAAAUAAGCUCCCGCUACGCUACGCGCAGGUCGUAGGUACGUUUUUUUUAUUCUUUACAAAUUAGUCCGUGACUGCAAUCUCAUCUGUUGGUAAGUGAUGAUGCAAUCUAAGAUGGAAGCGGGUUAACUUGUUAGGUGUAGGAUGAAAAUCCACACCCAUUUCGGUUUCUACACGACAUCGUACCGACACGCUAAAUCGCUUGGCGGUACGUUUUUCCGUUGGUAACCUAGAAACGGCCGAAGCCUUUAACCAGACCUGGACCAAUUAAGAAAACCUCAAUCGGCCCAACCGGGGAUCGAACCCAGGACCUUCGUCUUGAUAAUUUACCGCGCAUACUAAUGCGCUACGGAGGCCACGCUAAAAUCAAGACGCGCGAGGUGAUGCCCGCCGCGCCCCUACGUUGCCGGUGAUACCUCAAAUCUUGUAUGACGCAUCUCAACGCAAGAUGUUCCGAAACGUCUUAAAGUUUGCAUCUUAAUGUGAAACUGGCUAAGUCUCUUUUAUUGAAAUGAUAGGUAUUAAUUGUGUGUUUAUGUUAAUAACUUAAAUGUUUUUGAAUUGCAACGUGUAAUUGAACAUUUCGUUAUUUUUCUAAUGUUUCAGUAACUUCAGUAAUUAUUUUGUACUUAUGAAAUGAAUAUAAUGGUUAUUUUCAGUA